AUGGGGAAAAUGGUGUUUGGAGGUUUCGAGAAUCCAAAAUAUACUACUCAAAAAAGCAAGGGAGAUGACUAUGAAGUACGGACCUAUCACACCACACAGUGGGUCAGUACUACAGUCAGUGGCCCGGAGCAGGACGAGGCUUUAAGCACUGGCUUCAGGAGACUCUUCAAAUACAUCCAAGGGAAUAAUGAAAAGCAGGUGACAGUGGACAUGACCUCCCCGGUCACCUGUCUCGUUAACCCUGGAGAGGGACCAACAUGCGAGAGCUCCUUCACUGUGUCCUUUUACCUCCCUGAGGAGCACCAGGCCGAGCCCCCGAAACCCAGCAUCCCUGAAAUCUUCUUUGAGAACAGGAAGGAGUUCACUGUGUUUGUCAGGACUUUUGGAGGCUUUGCUAACAGUCAGAACACCAGUGAAGAGUUACUGAAGCUGAUUGAGAGCUUGAAGAGGGAUGGAAUGAGAUUCAAAGAGGCUCCCUACUACCGUGUGGGCUAUGACAGUCCUUUCAAGCUCGUCAACCGCAGGAACGAAGUCUGGCUCAUACAGGAGGAGGGACAGGAGUGA